CAGUUUUUUUUUUUGUCCUCAUAUUUGAUUCCAAUUUCUUUAUACUUUCAACUACAAACCAUAACCCUAAUCCCUAAAUUUUCACUCCCUUUGAACCUUUGAUGAUAAUAUGGGUUUCUUAAUUUCCAGUAGCUUUAUUUUAAAACAAAAAAUUUAAUUGGGUUUUUUGAGUUUGAUUUCUGAGGUUAUUUUUCAGUCGAUGAUAGUUUAACAAGACUCAAAAUUUAGCAGUAUGGGAUUGAUAAGAGUUUGAUGGUAAUUUCCUUGAUAAAAAAGUGGAUCCCUUCCUCACACGGAAUUAACCACGGAUCUACUCACGGUAGGUUUCGUUUUUUUUUAAGUCGGUUAUGGUAACAGAGUAGGAUUCUAGUUUCUCAUAAGUAGUCCAGGAUUCUAGUUUCUUGAUAGAGAAGAAGUCUCUUUUUAUUUGAGAUAUAUGUAUAUAUAUAUAUAUAUAUAUAUAUACAUAAAUCAAGGUAAGAUUGAAGGUUGAAAACCCAAGUUGAAACAUGGGAAUGCAAACUGACAAGGUUAGGUUUAAUGUUGGAGGUAAAAUCUUUGAAACAAGUGCAACUACUCUUGCAAGUGCACGCAGAAGUUCCAUGUUUGGAGCUAUGUUUGAUGAUGAAUGGAACUUCCAACCAAGACAAGUUAAUGAAGAGUAUUUUAUCGAUCGAAACCCGGAUUGCUUUUCUAUUCUUCUCGAUCUUCUAAGAACUGGUGAGCUUUAUGUUCCUCCUCACAUACCUGAUAAUUUAUUUUACAAAGAAGCUCUUUAUUAUGGUCUUCUAGAUCAUGUUAGAACGGCAAGGUUUCGCGAAUUGAAUGUCAACCAAUUAAAGCUAACGAGUUCGGUUAGGGGUCAAGCUUCUGGCAAUUCUAAUGCCAUUAGAGCAAGUCCUGAUGGCGGUUGUGCUGUGGCUCAUAGCAGACUUGUCCGUACAUACGAUUGGAUGCUUGAAGAAUAUCCACCAAUAAAUCUCAAUUAUCAAAAAGUUAACGAUAUUGGCUGGAUCGAUUCAGAGAAUAUUGUGAUCAGUGCUUGCGAAAGAUCAGGACGACAAGACUCUGGUAUUGGUCUUUUCAGUUCGUCAAGGGCUAAUCUAAAGCAUACAUUUCAGCUAAACCAUGAAAAUCAGGUGAAGAGCUUUACUGCUGGAGCUUUAUGUUUCAACUCUGAUGGUAAGAUAUUUGCUGCUUGUAGCGGAACAGGUAUUAACGGAAUUGGAGUUUGGGAUCAAGUUACUGGAGAACAAACGGAUUUUUUCCAUAAAACACUGAGUGAGCCUCUCGGUAAUGCAAACAAGAUUCAAUGCUUCAAUGGAAGUAACUGCUUGUUGCUUUUUGAUUUGGCAACAUAUAAGAAAUAUAUCAGUCUUUUGGAUUUUAGAGAUAAAAGUAUGGUUUGGUAUAAUACCGCAGUAAACGAGAAGGACCUAUGUGGAAAUCCUAUGAAUGUUCAAGUUCUAGAUGGAAUUGCAAUGGAAGAAAGUAACUCUAUAUGUGUGAUUAAUCGGGAUGAAAAUUUGGGUUUUAUGGAUUUAAGAAGUAAAACCGAUGGUAGCAUUAGAUGGACUCCGAAUAAUAGGAUAAUACAAGAUAGACCUCGGUAUCCUAAAUUAACAUUCCAUGGAGGGAAGCUUUUUUCUUGUUCAAAAGACCGUAUCUCUGUGUUUUGUGGUCCUGACUGGUUUUUUACAUCUAGUCUUGGCGGUGGUGGUGCAAUUCGUGACUUCUCAAUUGGUGGUGAUCGACUUUUCGCUCUUCAUAGUGAGGAGAAUGUGUUUGAUGUGUGGGAGACUCCAUCUCCUCCUCCUAAUUGGGCUGUGUAAUGACAUAAAACACUCUGCACUUGGGAGAAUCCACGCGGAGGAACCACUCUUUUGCUCUUCCUACAUAUCAAAAGUUUAAUUGGUUUAUAUUCAAGGAAUAAUGUAUGCACUAUGAUCCUUCCUUUAUUUAUCUUGUUUUUAUGGUUAUUAGUCAGCAUUCUGUAACUUGGUAAAUGCAGAUUGUGGGGUCUUCAAAUUUUAAUUUAAUUUCUAUAUAAAUUAAUGUCUUUCUU